AUGAGUCAGCGUGUUAGUGAUGAGGUUGUGGCAAAUGCCAUGGAGGAACUAACAACAUUGCCACAUAUUCACAAGGUGGGAGCUCCUCCUAAGGAGACACUUUUCCAAGAGAUCAAACAUUCUUUUGUGGAGACUUUAUUCCCAGACAACCCCUUUGACAAAUAUAAGGGCCAACCUGGUUCAAGAAAGUUUGUUCUAGCCUUGCAAUCAGUCUUCCCCAUUUUUGAUUGGGGAAGAGGUUACAAUCUCAAAAAAUUUAGAGGUGAUUUGAUGGCUGGACUUACACUUGCAAGUCUAUGUAUUCCUCAAGACAUUGCCUAUGCAAAGCUUGCAAAUUUGGAUCCGCAGCAUGCACUAUAUACCAGCUUUGUGACUCCUCUUGUGUAUGCUUUCAUGGGAACCUCAAGAGAUAUUGCCAUAGGACCUGUAGCUGUGGUAUCCCUCAUGCUUGGAACUAUGCUUAGCAAUGAGAUUAGUAAUUACAAAAGUCAUGAAUACUUGCGUCUUGCUUUUACUUCAACCUUCUUUGCAGGAAUCACUCAAAUGGCACUUGGAGUUUUGAGACUUGGCUUCCUGAUUGACUUCUUGUCUGAUGCUGCCAUUGUGGGAUUCAUGAGUGGAGCUGCCAUUUCCAUUGCACUGCAACAGCUUAAAGGCCUACUUGGCAUACAAAAUUUCACUAAGAAAAGUGAUAUUGUUUCUGUCAUGCACUCAGUUACGAGUACAGUGCACCACGGGUGGAAUUGGGAGACAAUAGUCAUUGGAGUAUCAUUCUUGGUCUUCCUUCUUAUAACAAAGUAUAUUGCUAAGAAGAAUAAGAAACUCUUUUGGGUGGCUGCAAUUGCUCCUAUGAUCUCUAUUAUAGUGUCUACCUUUUUUGUCUACAUUACCAGGGCUGAUAAGAAAGGUGUAUCAAUUUUGAGACAUGUUAAAAAGGGCGUGAAUCCAACAUCUGCUAGUGAGAUUUUUUUCAGUGGAAAAUAUCUAGGCCCUGGAGUUCGGAUUGGUGUGGUAGCCGGUAUGAUAGCACUCACGGAGGCCAUAGCGAUUGGGAGAACAUUUGCUUCCCUAAAAGGUUAUUCACUGGAUGGUAACAAAGAAAUGGUGGCAAUGGGAGCAAUGAAUGUUGUUGGUUCUCUAACAUCUUGCUAUAUAUCUACAGGGGGUUUUGCUCGCUCAGCAGUGAACCAUAUGGCUGGUUGUAAAACUGCUGCAUCAAACAUUGUUUUGUCCGUUGUUGUAUUACUAGCUCUGAUAUUUAUUACACCACUAUUUAAGUACACUCCAAAUGCAGUACUUGCUUCUAUUGUGAUAGCUGCUGUGAUUGGCCUUGUGAACAUUGAUGCAUUUAUUCUAUUGUGGAAGAUUGACAAAUUUGAUUUUGUGGCUUGCAUGGGAGCCUUCUUUGGUGUGAUCUUCAUAAGUGUUGAGAUUGGCCUUCUAAUUGCGGUGGCAAUAUCUUUUGCCAAAAUCCUUUUACAAGUAACAAGGCCAAGGACUGCAGUACUAGGGAAGCUUCCUGGGACAACAAUCUACAGGAACAUUCAGCAAUAUCCCAAAGCAACUCAAAUUAGUGGCAUGCUGAUUAUCAGGGUUGACUCUUCAAUCUACUUUUCAAACUCAAAUUAUAUUAAGGAGAGAAUUUUGAGAUGGCUCACUGAUGAAGGUGUACAAAGGACAAGAAGUGGAUUACCUAGAAUACAGUAUCUCACUGUUGAAAUGUCACCUGUUACUGAUAUUGACUCUAGUGGCAUCCAUGCCUUUGAAGAGUUAUAUAUGCGCCUACAGAAAAGAGAAGUUCAGCUUCUCUUGGCAAACCCGGGGUCAAUUGUAGUGGAGAAGCUCCAUGCAUCCAAGUUAACAGACUUAAUUGGGGAAGAUAAAGUAUUUCUAUCAGUGGCUGAUGCUGUUUCAACUUUUGGUCCAAAGGGUGAAGAAGAUGUCGUAUGA